AUAAUCCUUCUCUCAUAGGCCUCAUUCCCUCCAUUACUAACUGGCUUUCUCAAUCCUCACUACUUACCACUCAUUCAACAAGCAGCAGAAGAGAGAGAACUUUCUUGGCUGAUGGCUUCUUCAUCUAACUACCCAAAUUGGCUGAAAGUUGCAUUGACUGUAGGAAUCAUCUUGUCACAGUUAUAUCUACUUUCCCAGACUGUUGGAGUGGAGUUUUCAAGCUAUGACAGUGAGACUUUGGAGGAAAGACAGAAAUUGAUAGGUUCAAGGCCCCCUGGAUGUGUGAACAAGUGCUCGACUUGUAGGCCUUGCGUGGCUACUCUAGUCAUUCCACCUCAUCAGAAGAAAGGUUUGAAGGCAUCAAAUGGUGAACAUGACAGCUAUUAUCUCCUUUCAUGGAAAUGCAAAUGUGGAAAUAGGCUAUUUCAACCUUGAUCCUUUCUCACUAUGAAGCAUUCAUGAUGAUAUUUUACAUAUGUGGGGACUGAUAAAUUAUAAGGGUUAUUGGGUAGUGUUAU